AUGUCACUGAUUGAUAUGGGAUUUCAUGGCAACCAGUUUACAUGGAAAAGAGGGAAAACUGAAAGCACAUUUGUAGCGAAGAGGCUGGAUAGAAUAUUAUGUUGUGCCCAGUCUAGACUCAGGUGGCAGGAGGCAAGUGUGAGGCAUUUACCUUUCUUAGCAUCAGACCACGCUCCUUUGUAUUUACAGCUCACACCGGAGGUGAAGGGUGAUGCACGUCGCCGUCCAUUUCGUUUUGAGGCGGCAUGGCUACAACACAAUGAGUUUCAAGACUUGCUAACAGCUUCAUGGGAUCGUGAUAUUGAUACAAGAGAGGCUUUGCAGAGGUUGGAAGUGACACUCCGAAAGUGGAACAGAGAAGUUUUCGGAAAUAUCCAAAGAAGGAAAGAGGACUUGUUGAGGCAGAUUACAGAGAUACAGGAUAAAUUGAGCAAGACCUCUCUGAUGAUAUCUUGGCAAAGGAGGGAGAGCUACUAA